AUGCAGAGCUUGGGAGAAAUCACGACGUUGUAUCCCAGUGGAGGUGCGUUCACGAGUCUGGCGGAUAGAUUCGUCGAUCGAGCGUUUGGCGUUGCGGUGGGAUGGAAUUACUUUGUGAUUUGGGCCGCAGUUUUGGCAAAUGAGUAUAAUGCUGUCAGUUCGAUCUUUGUGUUUUGGUCUGAUAAGGUUCCGCUUUGGGGGUACUUCCUGAUUUUUUGGUUCGUGUUUUUGGCGUUUCAGUUGUUGGGUGUUCAGGCUUUUGGAGAGGCGGAGUUCUGGCUUGCGUAAGUGGUUGAUAUUCUAGUGGCGUGGUAGUGAAGUGGAAGUGAUAAUUGGAGUGAACUGACUUCUUGGUAGGCUUCUCAAGAUUGGCGGGCUGGUCGCUUAUUUUAUCUUUGCGAUUGUUUACGCAGCUGGAGGGCUUAAAGGUCAGACAGAGCCAUUGGGAUUCCGGUAUUGGCAUGACCCGGGACCAUUUGCAGAUGGGUUUCCAGGAGUUGCCAAAGUUUUCGUCUUCUGUUCUACCUUCUAUGCAGGAUGUGAGUCCGUAGCCGUAGCUGCGACCGAGACUCGAAAUCCACGAGAUGCAGUUCCUCUCGCCAUACGACAAGUUUUCUGGCGUAUAAUCCUCAUUUACAUGGGCUCAGCGUUCUUCUUCGGACUCACCUGUCCCUCCAACGCAAAAGGUCUUGUAAAAGGCGGAAGUCGAGCUCUCAAAUCCCCCAUGACUAUUGCUAUCCAAAACGCAGGCUGGGAAGGUGGAGUCCACCUCGUAAACGCCUUCAUCUUCGCAACAUGUCUCUCAGCCACCAACAGUUCAAUUUACAUCGGCUCCCGAACAAUCCUCUUCAUGGCGCAAGAAAAGAAAGCCCCUAAAUUCUUGGGCUACACUGAUAAAAGAGGAGUCCCCAUCCCCGCCAUAAUCUUCACCAAUCUUUUCGGCACCCUUUCCAUGAUGAACGUCUCGACAGGCGCAAGCGUAGCCUACUCAUACAUUGUGAAUCUCUUCGUCGUCUCUACAUUUUUGGUUUGGGGCAGUAUAUCAUUCAUCCACAUCCGCUUUCGCUCCGCCUGGACCUCGCAAGGUCGUUCCAUCUCUGAACUCCCUUUCAAAAGCUGGGCGCACCCUUGA